UAACUGUCAUUGAGUCCUGCACCCCUACUGAAACCCUAAAGCGUCGACACUACCGGGAUAAUGACAGAUAUAAUUGCAAAAAUUGCAAAGCAACAAAAACGGUCACUAUUAUACCUACAGUUACUGUAUGCGCGACAUGUUGUAGUACUCCUGGUGGUCCAGGGUUUCAAAAUAAAAUUCAUGAUAUAACAGGUGGCGGAGUUAUCGUUAUCCGAGAUGAUCUUCUUACUGACACGGAUUGUUGUAAGGCUUGUCUUGCUGAUCCGGAAUGCAUUCAAUGGAGUUUUCCAGGGUCAUGUGGAUUGCAAUUUAAUACACCCAAUUUUGAUCUUUGUACUAGGCCUGUUAAUGAAACCCCCUUCAGUGCUGGAAUUAUCCAUUGUAGUGGUGAUUCUGGUAAUUGUCUAGCAUAA